UUUUUCAGUUGCUGAGGAAACCAAUUUGCGCGACAGCAGUGUAAGAAAGCGGAAAUUCAUUUUAAACACGUCUAUACAUAAGAUUAUCUGCUUUUUGAAUACAUAGAGACUUACUUUUCCGCAUAAAAAUACCAUUGCAGAUAAUUGUCCCUUGUAUUAUUUCUUGACAGAAGGUUUAUUUCAGUAGAAGUUUGUUAUCAUAUAAAUUUACGAAGUCAAAACAUGGCUGCCGCACCGGAGGAGAAGAAAAUGAAUAUAUGCCACAAGGAGGUGGGUAUGUGGGGCCGCCUGUAACUGUCACUGUCAGUGCUCCAAAUACGCCGAGCACGAACCAGUGGCAACAGUCGUUCUGUGGCUGCUUCGAUCACUUCAUGAUAUGUUUGGCCUCUUUGUGUUGUUGGGGCGAGUGUGUGUUCUUCUGCAUAGCAUACUACACUAAACAGACUAAACUGUGGGCCAUCUCCUUCUGUCUGAUGUGUGCCGGCGCAUUCUUCAACACUCUCCCAUACGUCGUCCGCAUGGGAGACGACUGGAACCCCACAUCCUACAUGAUCUUCAUGAGCUUCUGUGCUCUGGUGGCACUUGGGGCAGCGGUGGCUCGCUUCGUCAUAUUCACGGCCGUACGGGCCAGACUGAGGGACACGUACAACAUCAGGGGCACUCUGCUGGAGGACUGCUGCUUCGCUUACUGGUGUGCCCCGUGCACCACCUGUCAGAUGAUGGCCGAGGUGGACCACCAAUUGGAUCUGCAAGGCGAACGCACCAUCUUUUCACGAACCUAAUAUAUGACACAACGGUUACAUCACUGACUUGGGAAACAUUAUCCGACAAAGAAUGCGCAAUAUUUUGACCUGAGCAAGUUUUUUGACAACAGAUACGUAUUUAAUCCACAACGCGAACUGUUUUCUCACAAACUGGCAAUUUUGUGCUUAUUUUUGAAGAGUUGUCCUUUUAAUUUUUUAUUAAUGAGCAAAAGCCAAAAACAACGAAAAUUUUCCUUGGUUAAUUUAUAUGAAUGAUUAUUUUUUAAAAGAAAAUAAAUACAAAACCGCAUGUUCUCGUUCUGUUGAUAAAGUUUUUCCAAACUCAACCUAGACGUUCCUCCUAUUAAUGUUUUUUUUAUUCAACCAUGAAAUUAAUGUAUAACCCUGACGACCAGAAGUGUUUAGCUUUAUCUUUAGCAUAAAUCAUCGAAACACUUAAGCUUUCUUAAAUUUAUGU